AUGACUUCACGAAACUCCCCUUUCGACCUUCAAAAAUGCGCGCGCCCCAACAUUCUUAAGCUACAGCCUUAUCGCUGCGCCCGAGAUGACUACAAGGACGACGGAACGAACAUCUUGCUCGACGCCAACGAGAAUGCCUACGGCCCGGGUCUCGCUUUGGACUCUGAAGGUGCCCUGCAGCACUCGACCGGAUCCUCCAAGCCCGAAAUCGAUUUUCUGGGGUUGAACCGCUACCCCGACCCUCACCAGAUCGAACUGAAGCAGCUCUUCUGCAACCUCCGCAACACCCACCACCACACUCAGAAGACCCUCCGCCCGGAAAGCCUCUUCGUCGGCGUCGGAUCCGACGAGGCGAUCGAUGCGCUCCUGCGCUGCUUCUGCGUACCAGGAAAGGAUAAGAUCCUGACGUGCCCCCCUACGUAUGGCAUGUACAGCGUCAGCGCACAGACCAAUGAUGUCGAGAUCGUGCAAGUACCACUGGACGUGAACAACGACUUCCAGCUGCAGCCGGACAAGAUCAACGAGGCCCUGUCGGCAGACCCCUCGAUCAAGCUGGUGUACAUCUGCUCCCCCGGCAACCCCACUGCCAACCUGAUCAAGAAGUCGGACAUCCAGAAGGUGCUGGAGCACCCGACGUGGAACGGGGUCGUGGUGGUGGACGAGGCGUACAUCGACUUCGCGCCGGAGGGCUCGAGUCUGGCCGAAUGGGUCAAUGACUGGCCCAACCUGGCGGUCAUGCAGACGCUGAGCAAGGCCUUCGGCCUGGCGGGCAUCCGAUUGGGCGUGUGCUUCACGAGCCCCCCGAUCGCGACGCUGCUGAACAGCCUCAAGGCGCCCUACAACAUCUCCAGCCCCACGAGUGCGCUUGCGACCGCGGCGCUCUCCCCGACCCACCAGGCUGUGAUGCAGAAGUACCGCGACCUGAUUGUCGCCCAGCGCGACCGCCUGGUCCAGGAGCUGCCGCAGAUCCCCGGUAUCGGGCGCUUCCGCGGCGGGAAGGAGUCCAACUUCCUUCUGGUGGAGAUCCUGGACAAGCCGGCCAGCCAAGGUGGCAAGCCCAGCAAUGUGAUCGCUCAGGCGGCUUAUGAAGCCAUGGCCGAGAAGCGUGGUGUUGUGGUGCGCUUCCGGGGUAAGGAACUCGGAUGUGAGGGCUGUCUCCGAAUCACUGUGGGCACGGAAGAGGAAGUCACCCGAUUCCUACGGGAGAUUCGAACCGUUCUCGGUGGUCUCCACAAGGGGGAGAGCAUUGACUCAGUGAGAGAGCAAGUGAGCCAGAACUGAUGAAAUCGGGGAAGG